UAAGCUCAUAAUGAAAUCCUCCAUGCAAUCAAAGAAAAGUCGCUCCAAAGCCAAUACUUGAAAAUUAAUCUGAUGCUCACUAGCGACUGGCCCUAUUCAGGCAGUGACCUGGGGUUCUAGUGAGAAGCCGUCACAAGUAGGGUACAGCAGGUUGAAUAUGAGGCAGUAACUUAUCGAAGAAAACAUUGCGAAAUGGUCGCACUAUUUCGUGAAUUGGCAGAAGUUAGAAUUCAAGGACUAUUGGAUCGGGUCCCAGUGGCUCAAUGGUCUGCGCGCUCGCCUUGUAACCAGAAGGUCCUGGGUUUGAACCCCGGUGGUGGGUGCGUGCUGAUGAAGAGUCCCCAACAUAUUUUAAUCACUAAGUUCGACUAGUGGAAUUUGUUAGGCUUAAUAAACUAACAAAAGAGUGCUGUUGGUCAUUCAUUUUCAAUAGAGCCUAUUGUCAUCACAAAAUAUUCAAACGGUUACCAGCAAUUAUGAAAUCGAUAAGUCAUCUUAGUUUAAUAUUUAAUGAAGGUUAAAGAAGACUAUACUGUUCUGACUGAAAAUCUUCUACGCCUCAUUCUGUCCCAAUGCGAUACUGUUAACACCGUUAGAAUAAUAGAAUAAAAUAUCUGUUUGCAGCUAUCUGAUUCCUAUAAUUCUAUUAAUUGAUAUCGACUAAUGAGGAAGCCAAAUGCGUCAGGGUGUAUGACCUCACCUCAAAUGAAAACAGUUAUAAAUAUGGUGAAUGGCAAUGUUCUUCAGGAAUAUUACGAAAUUUAAAAUUAUUAGCAUAGUAGUUUACGAUAAAUAGAAUACUUUUAUUAAUUUGUUUUACAUUCUAAUUACUUUUUAUAUAUUUCACUUUUUCUCCACUCUAGAUAUUGAUGAUUACAUGGACCAAACGGAUGAAGUGGUGCUAAUAAGUCAUGAAGCAAAGGAAUUUUACGAUGAAAUUCGUGGCCUAGUAGUCGUCUUUCUAAUAUUCACCUUUUUAUUCCUCAUCGCUCAUACAAUAUUACAGUUGUUUCUGACUAAAACAGAAUAUGAAUUAAAGCCUUGUCGAGCUGAACGCUUAGUCUAUCAACUAGUCUUGGGCAUGUGUACAUUUACACUGACCAUAGGCUUAACUUCAUACAGUCUAUUACCAUUGACUAUUAUAACCAAUGAAAUAUUAGUUAUCUUUCCACAAUCGUAUUAUGUACAAUGGUUAAAUAGUGAAUUAAUACAAGAUUUAAUCUUGUUAAUUGAUAUUGGCAGUAAGAUAUCCUGUUUAACUAUACCAUUCUCUUACUUUCUUUUAAUUUCACAAGGAUUUCUGCACAAAUCAUAUUCAUCGUUUGCAUCGCGUUUAACAGAUUCUUUCAUUAUGGUGUUCUUCUUUUAUAUUUUAUGCUUUGGUACAGUUUGGUCUUUAAGUAGUUUUAUAUCAGCUUUAAAUGGUUGUUUUCUCUCAGCAGAUGUUAGUAGUGGAUUAUCUUUUGGUGGUAGCGGCGAUAGUAUCAGCAGCGGCAGUAGUAGUAUUAGUAAAACAUUUUCCAUAUUCACUGAACGUCAUCAUCAAUCGCAUCCUUCGCCGACUCCCAGUCCUGCUGACCACCAUGCCUAUUAUCACAAUCAUCCAUUUACAUUCCUACAAAACUCCAUCAAUUCUAUUGGUUGGAUAAAUUUUUUUCAAAAUGUUUGCAUCCAAGUAAUAUUGAUGUCAGGCUUAGAAUUGAUUCAAAUGACUGCUACACUAUUAGGACUUUUAUUAUUGUUUAUCUGUACACCAAUGGGUUUGUUGUCUAUCAGUUUAAAUUUAGUUGCAUUCAUUAUGCGCUCUCUAUCUGAUUCAACUCCAAGACAGACAUUGUAUGAUCGUAUUGAAGAAUUGAAUAUGGAAAUGUUGACUGUUUUAGACGAUAUGGAGUGUAUACAACUCUUGUGUGAAGAAAAGAACAUAAAUAAUAAUGACAAUGCUAUGAAUUAUGAAUCUAUAUGUUUUCGAACUUAUACUGGUGUUAAAUCGUAUGGAGAUUUAUUAUUGAAGUGUACAAAUGAGUUGAAUUCAUUAAAUACAGAGUUACUACAACUCAAACAGCGUAUAACACCACAAAGAUUCACACCAUUUACACGUGAUUCUAUACCACUUUUCGUGAAUUUUUGUUGUUUAGUCCUACUUUGUCUUCUACUACGAUUGUUGCAAUCAUUUGUAUUCUUCAAUAUUUUGGAUCUUCUAUGGAGUAUGUUUUUUGGUGGUUAUGGUAGUCGAGAUGACAGUACUGCUGGUUAUCUUACAAUGGGUGGUAACAGUAAACAGUAUCCAUCAACUACAGUGGGGUCAUCGGAUCCUAGUUUUACAAUUGGCGUAAAACCAGUUUCUUCUCUUGGACAUAUUGGAGCUGUUUUUCAGGUCUGUUUGGUAGUAUUCCUUGUUGUUCUGGGUUUAUGGGGAUUCUACUCACUUCCAUUUGUUGGUUUUCUUCGACCGCGAUAUCAUGCAACUAGUUUAGACAUUAUGCUGGUCAAUGUCUUGUUAUUUUUAAUAUUGAGCACUGCACUUCCUUUACAAACCAAUCUACUUGGACUGACCACGCUUACAUUGCCCAAUCCACUGAAAUCUGAUUCAGUCACAUCCACACAAUCUAAAUGCUCAGAUCUAGUCUGUACUCCAUUGGAAAAUGAAAAUGAUUGUGACCAAAAUAUUGUUAAUUGUCCAAGUAAAAAGUUGAGUCAUAUAUCCAACAGCUGGUGGAAUAAAUUCAUUGGUGAUUUUUAUUAUUUUGAUUUCACUUAUUGGUAUUCAUUUGUACAUGUACUGAAUCCAUUCACGUCUACACCUGCCGACAGUUUAGAAGAGUUAACUACAGUCAAUGAGGUUCAAACUGAAGAACAAUCAAUUUUUCGUCAGUUUGUAUCUCGAGCUUUUGGCUAUUCAUCAGUGUCACCUAGCUAUGAAUUAAGUGUGGUGAUAUUAAUGUAUAACAUCUGCUUCCUGAUUACUUCAAUGUGGAUUGCUGGUCGACGAUUAGGAAAUGCAGGACUAUCUAUCAAUUUGGAUUUAGUAACAACACUUCGAUGUUUGCACCAAUUUGACAUUACAUCAAGACCGCCUAGAUCAAGUCUAGAUCGUACUGAAUGGAUGGCUGCUGAACUAUCUUGUCCAAAAACUCCUGAAGAGUUAGAUCAAAGUGUUGUAUGCUAAAAACGGAGUAUUUUCAUUCCAAAAGGAGGUGAUCAUAUACUGUGUCACUGUUUUUGUGUGUGUAUGUGCCAAAACACCUGCAGUAUAUAUGUGCAUGCACGUAGUAUUUUCACUGCAUUUUCUCGUUUUCUGUAUCCUUACGGAAGAGGACCAGUCAAACUUACUUAAUCCACUUUUCACUUUAACUAAUCACAUUACAACACUGUGUAAUUUCUAAAUAUUCUUUUUGUUUCUAUAUUCGCUUAUAGUCUCUCUCUCUCUAUCUCUCUUGUUUUUCAAUAUGGUGGUGGGAGUUGUACAAAGUUGUUUUCUAUUUUCUUGAUUGUUUAUAUUAAUAAUAUCUUACUUUUGUUUUGUUUGAUUUUUCUGUUUUCAAAUCUUUCGGCUUUUGGAUUUCUUUUUCUCAUUUUCGACAAUCUAUUUUUCUGUUUGUAUUGCACAAUUACAAACAGUCUUGAGUGUAAAGUUAGAUUUUAUUUUUGUUUUUUUGUAUAUAUCUUGCUCACUAAGCAGCAAAGCCAAUAUUACUAUUAACAUUAUUAUUAUUAUUAUUACCAUUAUUAUUAUUAUUUCUACUUUUUAUUUCUUUACUUCAGGUAAUUUUCAUUUUAUUGUAUUGUAUCUAGAUAGUUCGCUAUUCUGAUUAAUAAUCUAUAUAUAAAAGUAG